AUGGCAAACGACGAGGAUUCGAACAAGACGUCUGCAACCCGAGCUAGAGAGCGUGUCGGACAGAUCUCAUCUCACAUAUCCCACCAGAACUCAGCAAAAGAUGAGAAGGCAGUUACAUCCAGGCGGCGCCGGAAGAGGUCUGUUACAGAUGGCCCGCCUGCGGAUUACAGCGACAUAUUGUCCCAGGUCCGUAACCUGAAGACUAUGGCCGCUACCCCUGACCCAUCACGAUCCGGGUAUGCACGCCAGAAGCAGGCUGGCAAGCUGUGGGUGCGGGAGCGUGUGGAGCAGAUGUUCGAUAAGGGGAGUGUGCAAGAGAUUGGCAGUAUCAGCGGCACUGUUGACUGGAGGCCUGUCGCUCCGACAAACACGGAUAGUAAGAGCAAGGGCAGGAUCGAAGAGGAACCAGCGUCGUUCACACCAAGCAAUAAUGUCCAAGGUCUCGCCCUCGUGGGGCGUCGAAAGGUCUGCUUUACAGCUGAUGACUACUCACUGCGCGCUGGUCACGCGGAUGGUGCGUUGUGGGAGAAGACCAUUUACAUAGAGAAGCUUUGUUUGCACCUGCGACUACCCAUAGUGAAGCUGGUCGACGGGUCAUCAGGCGGAGGCUCAGUAACCACAAUUCGAAAUACGGGCUACUCUUAUGUGCCACCACUCAACUCAUUCGACGUGGUGGUUGCACAGCUGAAUGCUGGAAUUCCCAACUUGGGUGCAGUGCUAGGGCCGGCGAUCGGACUUGGAGCAGCACGAGUCGUUUCCUGCCAUUUCUCUGUAAUGGCUGGCGAUAUCGGUUCUCUAUUCAAUGCCGGGCCGAAAGUCGUAGCUGGAGCAACAUUCGAGGAAGGUCUUAGCUUGCAAGACCUAGGAGGUCCUGAUAUGCAUGUGAGGAAUGGAACCAUUGACAACUAUGCAGCCAACGAGCAGGAUGCCUUCAGACAGUUGAAGACCGUUCUUUCAUAUCUGCCGAACAGCGGCACAUCCUUGCCGCCAGUUCUGCCUACUGCAGACCCAGUUUCGCGGAGAGAUGAGUCUCUACGCACGGCGAUACCGAGGAAACGGGAGCGCAUGUAUUCCCCGCGGAAGAUCAUCAACACGAUAGUUGACGAGUCUUCCUUCUUCGAGAUAGGGGGCCUAUGGGGCACUACAGCAAUCGUUGGCCUAGCCCGACUGGGAGGCCGGCCUGUGGGCAUCGUCGCAAACAACUGCGAGGUCAAUGCAGGAGCACUGGAUGCAGCGGGUUCGCAGAAGAUCACAAAGCAUCUCAAGUUCUGCGAUGUCUUCAAUUUGCCAGUUGUCCAGUUUGUGGAUAUCCCCGGGUACGCUAUCGGGACCGUAGCCGAAAGAACAGCGACUAUGCGACAUGGAGUAUCGCUGGUGACGGCAUACUAUAGCACGACGAUGCCUGUGUUCAACGUCAUCCUUCGAAAAGUCUAUGGCGUCGCAGGAGCCGCCAUGAUGGACUGCCGAGAUCCACGGGUGCGGGUAGCCUGGCCCAGUGGUGAUUGGGGCUCGUUGCCCCUGGAUGGAGGCAUCGAAGUUGGACACAGCGCCGAGCUGAAGCGCGCAUAUCAAGAAGGCUUCCAAAGAGGAGGAGAGGAGGCCGCAAAGCUCCAGAUGAAAGCGCUUUACGAUGAUCUGGAGCAGGAUUACAGGAGACUGAUGAAUCCAGUCCGAACAGCCAACGCCUUUGGGAUCGAAGAGAUUAUAGACCCAGCCAACACACGGCCAUUGCUGUGCCAGUGGCUAGGCCACGUCUACGAAGAGUUGCUCCCCGUGAGGUUGAGGGAUAGGGAUACCGGGAAGAUAUGCCCCAGAUUCUCAUAG